GGCUUUCUUAAAAUUAAAUAUCUCUGCGUACAACAAAGGCGGAAAAUACAGCACGUUUCCAUACUCCUACUCCCAUCAAAAUUACCCACAGGAACCAGAAAAGGUUUUCAACCUCAGUUAAGGAGCAAAAGCAAGGGCUAUUCUACCCCACACGCCCGGAGGAGGAUCAUGCACACAAAGGGUGAGCGAGGGUCCUGGGGAUGCUGUGAGGCCCUAGCCCUACCUCCAGACCAAUUGCGGCCAGCCCUGGCUGGGACCUGGGGACCCAGAGUAGGCUGAACUUGGGGCUCGGGAUGUUUGAAUGUCUCCCAAAUUGCGGUCCUGCCCCUAAGAGGCAAAGAGAGGUGCGGAGUGCUUGCGCGAGCGCUUACAACGCUUACGUCGCUAGGAGCUCUCUUCUGGGAUAAUCAAGAGUUGGGCUGAGCCGGAUCCUCUUUUAGCAGCAGAGGGCUCAGCAGCCCCAGGGGCGCGCGGGACCCAGCGGCUGCACUGGAACAGUCCGUGCGGGUCGCGCCGAACCACCGCUUGGGCGCACAAAGGUAAAGGCGGCCACAGCCUUCGUGGCCUGCUUCGUCCCGGCGUUCCCAUCCCCUCCCUUCUUCCUGUCUCGAAGGCGAAAAUGGCUGGGCCGGGCGAGGACCUGGGGCAUCAGAGGUCCUAGCUCUGCCGGUCCCCACCCUUCCUGCUGACAGAGGCGGGCUGUCCUUGGUUGAGGUGGCCGAGGCUGCUCCCCGGUGAAUCCUCAGGCGGGUCGCAGCCACCAUCUCUCUCGGCUUGCUCCAUCCCUUUGAGAGGAGUUGAUGGUGUUGUCGCCCCCACGGCCGCUACGGAAGCCAGGGCUGAUGGAUGCAGGGGAGUGCCGCAUUGCUUAGCGUCUCUGCCUCUUGGUUUGCUGGUAGGAACUGACUACUCUUUCUUCUUUCUGGCUUGGGGUGGGGGCGUUAUAGGAAAAAUAGAGACAUUUUUAUUUCAUCAACUCCCAGCACCCACCCCGGUUUGACAUCUUUGCUCCCAAAGAGGUUUCCUCCUGUCCUUAUCAUUAUCCUCCACUUCCUUGGCAAGUCUCCAGAAAUAAAGGGAGAGACUAGGCAGAAGUUGGGGGCGGGGGUGAGGGUGAGCCCACGCCCCUGUCAACGGUACCCAAAACCCAGCUGGAGCCUUAUGAGAUCACGGUGUGUGGAAGAGGUGCACUAUCUGCGUCUCCCCUAAUUGGAUCGUAAUAACCUAAAGUAAAAAAAAAAAAAAAAAUCACACAACGACAUCCUAUAAAAAUAGCAUCCUUGAAUAAGCAGAGAGAAAUGAGCUUCUUUUCCUUCCUCUUUCUCUUUCUGCCAAAGACGCUCCCUCCCCGCCUCUCCAGAGCUGAAGAGCCACCUUAUUAUUAAUCAGAAUUCUCAUCUUUAUCUGUGCUAGGCACAUCCUUCAGCAGGAACCGCAACAGCUUAACAGUGCUGGGGCUGUGAUGUCCAUGGGUUGUUUUCCUUACAUCUUGCAAGACAAGCGAAGGCAGAGCCAAGCCCCAAGAGCACCCAUGCUAGUUGGAAUUAGGGUUUCUUUCCUUUUUUUUUUUUUUUUUUUUUUUUAAUUCUGAGUGGUAAAAGAAAAGAGGCAGGCUUGCAGGGCCUGUCCAAAGGCUCACUUCUAAUGGGAGGCAUUGUUUUUUAAGGGGUGCUAGGGGGUGGGGGGAGAAGUUACCUCUUCAGAAAAGCUGUGGGGAAAAGCAGGAGCAACAGGAUACUUGACUUAAAACAGAAGAGGAACCGUUUCUUGUACAGGAAAGGAAGCAGCAGUGAAGAGACUGGAGGCCAGAGUGUGGUGUGGAGGCGACAAGUGCCAGGUAUAUUAUUGGACACACAAAGAGAGAGUCAGAGUGGACAGCUUGGGUCCAAGGGGACAAUGACUCAUUUGCAAGCUGGUCUCUCUCCCGAGACCUUGGAGAAAGCUCGCCUGGAACUCAAUGAGAACCCAGACACUCUGCACCAGGACAUCCAAGAAGUAAGGGACAUGGUCAUCACUAGACCGGACAUUGGCUUUCUGCGCACGGAUGACGCUUUCAUUUUACGCUUCUUGCGGGCCAGGAAAUUUCAUCACUUCGAGGCUUUCCGCCUCUUGGCCCAAUACUUUGAGUACCGGCAGCAGAACCUGGAUAUGUUCAAAAGCUUCAAGGCCACUGACCCUGGCAUCAAGCAGGCACUGAAGGACGGCUUUCCUGGGGGCCUGGCCAAUCUGGACCACUAUGGGAGGAAGAUUCUAGUCCUUUUUGCUGCCAACUGGGAUCAGAGCAGGUAUACACUGGUGGAUAUUUUGCGUGCCAUUUUACUUUCUUUAGAAGCCAUGAUUGAAGAUCCAGAGCUUCAAGUAAAUGGAUUUGUUUUGAUCAUAGACUGGAGUAACUUUACCUUCAAGCAAGCUUCUAAGCUUACACCAAGCAUGCUGCGACUUGCAAUUGAAGGUCUUCAGGACAGCUUCCCCGCAAGAUUUGGAGGAAUUCAUUUUGUCAAUCAACCUUGGUAUAUCCAUGCCCUGUACACUGUGAUCCGCCCAUUCCUGAAAGAGAAGACUCGGAAAAGGAUAUUUUUGCAUGGUAACAACUUGAACAGUCUACACCAGCUAAUUCAUCCUGAGAUCCUACCUUCUGAGUUUGGAGGAAUGUUGCCGCCCUAUGACAUGGGGACAUGGGCUCGGACCCUGCUAGACCAUGAGUAUGAUGAUGACAGCGAGUACAACGUGGAUUCCUAUAGCAUGCCUGUGAAUGAAGUGGACAAGGAACUCUCCCCCAAAUCCAUGAAGAGAUCUCAAUCAGUAGUGGACCCUACAGCACUGAAACGCAUGGAUAAAAGUGAAGAAGAAAACAUGCAGCCUUUACUUUCUCUGGACUGAGAGAUUUUCCACCCUUACACCAUGGAUUAAAAAUGGGAGGUCCUGGCUCUUAAAACAGGGACAGUACUGUGGGAUUAGCCUGCUGAACAACUGUAUUCAUGUUUAUGUAGCAUAAUGUUUAAGGCAUCUGGCUUUCACAUUUGCCUAAACCAUGGGUGCCCUGGGCUAGAUUUUAAAAAGUCAAUAAUUUAUUCUGUAAGUGCCAAGUUCUUUGUAAAUACAAUAUAGUCUUCAUAUCUAGUUUGUAAAUUUUGGUAGUAAUUUAAUUUGGGAAAGAUUGACUCACGGGAUUGAGCCAGUGAUAUGGACUAUAAUAAUAAGCAUAAGAACACAUACAUACACUAUAAAAUUUAAUUUAAUGUAUCCUUGUUUCCUAUGAUGCCAUAUAUCUGCUAUCAUAGUGAAUUGUUUCAAUGUUUUUCUUUAAAACACUGUCAGUAUUCAAACAUACUUUGGUCACAGCAAGGUCAAUUAUUUCCCAGAAAUUGUUAUAAUUAAUGUUUUUCUGUUUAGUGAUUUUUCUUUCAGAGGAACUAUUCUGGAAACAUCGGUGGCUACAUUCUGAAGAAAAAUUGUGGCUGAUGAGCUGGGAAACCAAACCAAACCUGAACUCUUCUCUGUCCUUUGAUUUGGAGUUUUUCAAGAAAAUGUGUUUCCCCACUUAAGAUGAGGAAUUCUGAAAAAGAAUGUGUUUUUAAGUUGUUUUUGUUUGUUUGUCUAAAUGCCUGUCUUCACAAUGUUUUCUUACUUAAGUUCCCAUUAUAACCCCUGUCUGAUGUACUUCAGAAUAUAUUUCCACCCAAAUUCUUUGGCAAAGUAAAUGAGAAUUUAGUUUCAGAGUCAUUUGACAGACAAUUUCGAAGAUAAAAUUUACUACUUACAGAUGUGGAUUAAUUUCAGAUCAUUGUGGAAGUGUUGAAAAAUAUAAAUGUUCACAUAUGACAUAGAUAAUUUUAUUGAGUUCUAAUAAACUCUUGAUAUGACAGCCUUUAA